UAUGGGUGUGCAGCAGCCCAUCAGCACUGGCCCCACCAUACAGGCCAGCUGCGGGCUUUAGCCGUGCUCUCCAUUAGGCCAGCUGUGGGCUUUAGCCAUGCUCUCCAUUGCUUUAGCAGACUCUAAGUCCCCGAGAGGGGUGGCCCCGGUUCUGGGGCUUGGGGCGUGAGACUUGGCUGGGCCUCUGCACUGGGGUCCAAAUGUUGGGCUUGAUCGAUAUUCCGAGGGGGUUGCUGCGGAGCCUCCCGGCCCAGUGUAGUACUGGAGGCUGGCACGCAGAAUCUCCAGCAAGCUACUUCCAUCCUCUUCCACGUGUUUCACAGGGUGGCUGGAAGGUCUCUCAACUUGGCCCGCUGCGGCCCGACCCGACCCGACUGGAUGGGCCGGCGAGCCGGUAUCCGACCCCGCCGCGCCGGUAUCCGACCCCGCCGCGCCGGUAUCCGACCCCGCCGCGCCGGUAUCCGACCCCGCCGCGCCCGGGCGCCAGCAGCAGCGGCGGCUGCGGUAGAGAGGGCCCAGCUGGGCCCGGCGAGGCUCGCGUCGCCAUGGCGACGGCGCGGGGCUGGGCAAUGCCGGGGAAGGAGGAGAACGGCCAGGGGGGUGCCCUAGCUGAAAUGGAGAAAAAGAUUAUAGAAUCUUUUGAGGUGUUUGACCACGAAGGCAAUAAAACUGUGCAUGUCAGAGAGAUUGGGUUAAUUGUCAGGUCGCUGGGUUGCUUCCCAACUGAGGCAGAACUACAAGAACUGCUUGCAAAGGUGGAAGAAGAACCACCAACAGGGUACAUUCACCUGGAAAAAUUUCUUCCAGUGAUGACAGAAGUCCUACUUAACAGAAGCUACCAGCCCAUUCCAGAAGAUGUUCUUCUACAUGCAUUUGAGACUUUGGAUGAGAAUAAACGUGGAUACCUUACUAAAGAGGAGCUAGUCAAGUAUUUGACUCAAGAAGGUGAGCCCUUUAGUCAGGAGGAAAUGGAGGACAUGCUGUCCACUGCUCUAGAUCCAGAAACAAAUACCAUUCGCUACAGAGACUACAUUGCAAUGUUGAUUGUUGAUGAAGCUUAAGACCUUCUCCUUUAAUGUUCGAGAUGCUUUUUGUUAGCAGUGGCAGUUAACUGCAAUAUAUAGUUUGAAAUACAGCUCAACUUAGUGCUUAUAAUUAAAAUAAAAUCUGUGGCACUAUAUUUUCCUGGGUUCUCUAUACAUAUUGAAAUGUAUUUCCACUUGGAAAAAGAGCUCUUGGUAGAAAUACUUUAUAAAGUCUGGGAAAGAAAGAAUGGAAUUUGGUUUGAAGAUAACAGGGAAAACAAUUUUAAUGGAGUCAAAAAGUAACUUUACAAUUGCUUCUGAAAAAGUAAUAGAAAAUGAGACCUGGGAAAGCAGGCAGUAAGUUAGUGAGUACCUUAAGAUGACUGAAACUGUAAGGAUAUGCUACUAAUAUAAAGCUUAUAUAUUUAAA